CCAAAGUUACAGAGAAAGAAAGUGAAACAAGGGAGACAGGGAGACAGAAACAGUGGGAGAGGGAGAGAGAGAGAGCAGGAGAGGGUGCGUGCUGGAUAAAGACUCCAUCAGUUCUGAUACACAUUGCAGAGUCACUAAGACAUAACGCAAGGAUGGACUUCGGGAAACUUCCAAAGGUUUGCAAUGAAGAACGAGAGAGCAUGUUUGGAUACGUCCAUGGAGUCUCGGGCCCAGUCGUCUUGGCGUCCAACAUGUCCGGCGCCGCCAUGUAUGAGUUGGUGAGGGUCGGCCACAGUGAGCUGGUUGGUGAGAUUAUCCGAUUGGAAGGGGACAUGGCAACUGUCCAAGUCUACGAGGAGACCUCUGGUGUGUCGGUGGGCGACCCUGUGCUGCGGACCGAGAAGCCCCUGUCGGUGGAGCUGGGCCCCGGGAUCAUGGGCUCCAUCUUCGAUGGGAUCCAGAGGCCCCUCUUCGACAUCUGGCAGCUAACCCAGAGCAUCUACAUCCCCAGGGGCGUCAAUGUCACCCCGCUGCCCACCCACGCCAAGUGGGAGUUCACCCCGGAGCCUCACAUCAGGGUUGGGAGCCACGUCACUGGAGGGGACGUUUAUGCCUCGGUCUUCGAGAACUCCCUGAUCAAACACAAGAUUAUGGUGCCCCCCAAGAGCAGGGGGACAGUGACCUCCAUCGCACCGCCCGGGUACUACGACGUGACUGACGUGUUGGUGGAGCUGGACUUUGAGGGGGUGAAGGAGCAGCUGACCAUGGUCCAAGUAUGGCCAGUGCGACAGAUACGUCCAGUGUCUGAAAAACUGCCCUCCAAUCACCCGCUGCUGACCGGCCAGAGAGUCUUAGAUGCCCUUUUCCCGUGUGUUCUGGGAGGAACGACAGCCAUUCCCGGAGCGUUUGGGUGUGGGAAAACCGUUAUCUCCCAGUCCCUCUCCAAAUUCUCCAACAGCGAUGUCAUUGUCUAUGUGGGCUGCGGAGAGAGAGGCAACGAGAUGGCAGAGGUGCUCAGGGACUUCCCAGAGCUGACGAUGGAGGUUGAUGGGAAGUUGGAGAGCAUCAUGAAGAGAACGGCCCUCGUCGCCAACACCUCCAACAUGCCUGUGGCAGCUCGCGAGGCGUCAAUCUACACCGGGAUCACCCUCUCCGAAUAUUUCCGGGACAUGGGUUACGACGUCAGCAUGAUGGCCGACUCUACGUCCCGCUGGGCGGAGGCCCUUCGAGAGAUCUCGGGUCGUCUGGCGGAGAUGCCCGCGGACAGUGGGUACCCUGCCUACCUUGGAGCGCGAUUGGCCUCCUUCUAUGAGAGGGCCGGACGAGUGAAGUGUCUGGGUAGCCCCGACAGAGAAGGCAGUGUCAGCAUUGUUGGAGCAGUCUCUCCUCCUGGUGGAGAUUUCUCGGACCCGGUCACUUCUGCGACGCUGGGAAUUGUACAGGUAUUCUGGGGUCUUGAUAAGAAGCUAGCACAGCAGAAACAUUUCCCCUCGGUUAACUGGCUGAUCAGCUACAGUAAGUACACGCGUGCUCUGGACGAGUAUUAUGAGAAGCACUUCUCGGAGUUUGUCCCUCUCCGCACUAAGGCCAAGGAGAUUCUUCAGGAGGAGGAAGACCUGGCUGAGAUUGUCCAGCUGGUUGGAAAGGCUUCCUUGGCUGAGACCGAUAAGAUCACUCUGGAGGUGGCAAAGCUCCUUAAGGAUGAUUUCCUGCAGCAGAAUGGACAUUCUCCAUACGACAGGUUUUGCCCCUUCUACAAGACGGUGGGGAUCCUACAGAACAUCAUCGGGUUCUAUGAGCUGGCGCGGCACACGGUGGAGACCACAGCGCACUCCGAGAGCCAGAUCACCUGGUCAGUCAUCCGCGAGAACCUGGGAGACAUCCUCUACAAGCUCAGCUCCAUGAAGUUCAAGGAUCCAGUCAGGGAUGGGGAAGCGAAGAUCAAGGCAGAUUACGCUCAGCUCCAUGACGAGAUGCAAAACGCAUUCCGCAAUCUGGAGGAUUAAAGCAAUGGACAGGCUGAUCGACCAUGGGAGGUGUCACCCUGAGCUUAAUUCAGGACAUUACUCAUAGAGAAGUGAUCGCCAAGCAUGUUCCCCACAUCAAAUUCAAAUAAAA